AGAGGACAAAGGCGGUGCGCCGCCUGUGUCAUCCGCCAUCUUGUGCGAAGCAAGGUGGCCUCCACGUUCCCUGAGCGUCUUCUCCGCUUCUGCCUCGCCCGCCCCUUGAUCACAGACAUGUCUCGGGAUCGGUUCAGGAGCCGUGGCGGUGGCGGCGGCGGCUUCCACCGGCGCGGAGGCGGCGGCGGCCGAGGCGGCCUCCAUGACUUCCGCUCGCCGCCGCCUGGCAUGGGCCUCAAUCAGAACCGCGGACCCAUGGGGCCCGGACCGGGCCAGGGUGUCCCGAAGCCACCGAUCCCGCCACCACCACCACACCAACAGCAGCAGCAGCCGCCGCCGCAGCAGCCACCGCCGCAGCAGCCGCCACCGCUUCAGUCGCCACCGCAUCAGCAGCCCCAUCAGCAGCCGCCGCCGCCGCCACAGGACUCGUCCAAGCCCGUUGUUCCUCAAGGACCAGGCCCGGCUCCCGGAGUAGGCAGCGCGCCGCCGGCCUCAGGCUCGGCGCCACCUGCCGCACCCCCGACCUCUGGGGUCCCGACAGGGCCGGGCCCCACCCCGACCCCGCCGCCUGCUGUCACCUCGGCGCCCCCCGGCCCGCCCCCGCCCCCGCCACCGAGCAGCGGGGUACCCACUACCCCGCCGCAGGCCGGGGGCCCGCCGCCUCCACCUGCAGGGGGCCCGGGGCCGGGGCCUAAACAGGGCCCAGGAUCCGGCGGCCCCAAAGGCGGCAAAAUGCCCGGUGGGCCGAAGCCCGGCGGUGGCCCGGGCCUGAGCACUCCUGGCGGCCAUCCCAAGCCGCCGCACCGAGGCGGCGGGGAGCCCCGCGGAGGCCGGCAGCACCACCCGCCCUACCACCAGCAGCACCACCAGGGGCCCCCGCCCGGUGGCCCCGGCGGCCGCAGCGAGGAGAAGAUCUCCGAUUCGGAGGGGUUUAAAGCCAACUUGUCUCUGUUGAGGAGACCUGGAGAGAAAACUUACACUCAGCGUUGUCGGUUGUUUGUUGGGAAUCUACCUGCUGAUAUCACAGAGGAUGAAUUCAAAAGACUAUUUGCUAAAUAUGGAGAACCAGGAGAAGUUUUUAUCAACAAAGGCAAAGGAUUCGGAUUUAUUAAGCUUGAAUCUAGAGCACUGGCUGAAAUUGCCAAAGCUGAACUUGAUGAUACACCCAUGAGAGGCAGGCAGCUUCGGGUUCGCUUUGCCACACACGCUGCUGCUCUUUCCGUUCGCAAUCUUUCACCUUAUGUUUCCAAUGAACUGUUGGAAGAAGCCUUUAGUCAGUUCGGUCCUAUUGAAAGGGCUGUUGUAAUUGUGGAUGACCGUGGAAGAUCUACAGGGAAAGGCAUAGUUGAAUUUGCUUCUAAACCAGCAGCAAGAAAAGCAUUUGAAAGAUGCAGUGAAGGCGUUUUCUUACUGACAACAACUCCUCGUCCAGUCAUUGUGGAACCACUUGAACAAUUGGAUGAUGAAGAUGGUCUUCCUGAAAAACUUGCACAGAAGAAUCCAAUGUAUCAAAAGGAGAGAGAAACUCCUCCUCGUUUUGCCCAGCAUGGCACAUUUGAGUAUGAAUAUUCUCAGCGAUGGAAGUCCCUGGAUGAAAUGGAAAAACAGCAAAGGGAACAAGUUGAAAAAAACAUGAAAGAUGCAAAAGACAAAUUGGAAAGUGAAAUGGAAGAUGCCUAUCACGAACAUCAGGCAAACCUUCUGCGUCAAGAUCUGAUGAGACGCCAGGAAGAAUUAAGACGCAUGGAAGAACUUCACAAUCAAGAAAUGCAGAAACGUAAAGAAAUGCAAUUGAGGCAAGAGGAGGAGCGACGUAGGAGGGAAGAAGAGAUGAUGAUUCGUCAGCGUGAGAUGGAAGAACAAAUGAGACGCCAAAGGGAGGAAAGCUACAGCCGAAUGGGCUACAUGGAUCCAAGAGAGAGAGACAUGAGAAUGGGUGGUGGAGGAGCGAUGAACAUGGGAGAUCCCUAUGGUUCAGGAGGCCAGAAAUUUCCACCUCUAGGUGGUGGUGGUGGUGGCAUAGGUUAUGAAGCUAAUCCUGGAGUUCCACCAGCAACCAUGAGUGGUUCCAUGAUGGGAAGUGACAUGCGUACUGAGCGCUUUGGGCAGGGAGGUGCGGGACCUGUGGGCGGACAGGGUCCUAGAGGAAUGGGGCCUGGAACUCCAGCAGGAUAUGGUAGAGGGAGAGAAGAGUAUGAAGGCCCAAACAAAAAACCCCGAUUUUAGAUGUGAUACCUAGGCUUUCAUUCCAGUUUGUUUUUUGUCUUUUCUUGUUUAGAUACCAAUCUUUUAAAUUCUUGCAUUUUAGUAAGAAAGCUACCUUUUUAUGGAUGUUAGCAGUUUAUUGACCUAAUAUUUGUAAAUGGUCUGUUUGGGCAGGUAAAAAUAUGUAAUGCAGUGUUUGAAACGGGAAUUUAUUUUUCCUUUCUUUUUCUUUUUUUUUAACUGUAUAAUGUCCCUCAAGUUAUGGCAGUGUACCUUGUGCCACUGAAUUUCCAAAGUGUACCAAUUUUUUUUUUACUGUGCUUCAAAUAAAUAGAAAAAAUAGUUACAAUAUUGAUUUUCAACUUUGCCAUUCAUGCUUCUAUGCACAUUAGGCUAGGUAUUCUAUUCUGAAAGCAUGAGAGUGUCAGGCCUUCCAAUGGCAUAUGCCAUUUCUGGGAAAUGUAUUUGUAGGCUAAAUACUUCUUUCUAUAAAUAUUACCCCCUUGUUUUAAAACGAAGAAGUGCAUAUUGAAGUAGUUUCAUGAUUUGAUUUGUUUGGCAUUAUAGGAAGCAAGCCGGUGCUAAGUAUUUUAAAUGGUUAUGAAAGCAAAGCUGAACUGUAAAUCUUCAUUCAGGAAUGUGUAUUAAGGUCAUGGAAUGGGUGUAAGACUGUUAGCGGGAGAGAGUGGGUAUGACUAAAUGGAUCUUUUAUGGCCCUAUGAUCUAUCCUUUCCUUGAAAGUUUCUGAAGAAAAGUGGAAAGAUUUUGUUGCAUUCCUCUAUUCUUGUUUUUAAAAGAACAAGUCCCAAGCCCUACAAAUGGCUUGUAUUGAACUUCACAUUUGAAUUAAAGAUUGUUAAACAUGAAGUCUUUUCAUGUAUUACUUGAAGCAAGUUAAAAGAUGGGUUUGGUUUGAAAAACUCAACUUUAAGAAGUUUAGUGACCAUGAAGUAGGCUUAGUUAUGUGUACAUUUGUUCCCUGUAACUUCUACAUCUCCUUGUGCUACUUACUCUUGGGCAAAGUCUGUAGGACUAUAAAAAUCUGUUCUCCUUUCUAAGAGCUAGUGGUGACCAUUAAUAACAAACAGGGUUACAGAAGACCAUUCUUAAUACAAAAUAUUUGUUAACUUGUUUUUCCAUGGUUUCUUUGAUGUAGCACUAAAUCUGGAGAGAGUUUGCUCAUGCUACACAGUACAAAUAUCCCUCCCACCAUAAAGCUUUGGAGUGUUUCGAUGGUGGUGUCAGUUUGUCAACUUCAUUGAAUCUCCUUACAUUAGAGUAAGAAACAUUUUUGAGUUAACAGAUUGUUACUGUUGGCUGUUAGUACAAUGGGAAACCUGCUUUUUCAGUGUGUAUACUUUAGCAAAGGAAAAACUUCUAACAGUAGGUAAAGUAAUUGAAUGGUUUGGGUUUGUUCUUCGUUAUGUUUCCAUUUAAAUUUGUACGUUAUAGAACUCUUACUAUUUAAUGUCUUCCUCCUAUUCACCUCUGUUCUUGAUGCUAAUUGACAAAAGUAAAAUUCUAAAUCAAAUCUUUGUUAAAAUGUUGAAGUUUAGUACUGUGCCUGAGUACAAAGGGAAACCUAUUGUUGAAACACUUGAGCACUUUUUCUGCAUAGAAAACUGGAUAAUAGUUAAGUUAAAACACUAGUGGGGUUUAAAGGCAUGUCACUCAAUUCUGGUUGUGUGACAGGUACAAGGUGUGAUUUAAGGGAGAGAAUCUCACUGGAAAAUGUUCAUUAUUUCUGUUCACUGAGACACUUGGAAAUGGGUAGUUCUACCAUAAUUUUACCAAUGAGGAAGUUCUGUCUCAAGGCAAGUUACUCACCUCGUGACGUGUAUGAGAUUUUCUGUAUGGAAACAAAGUCUUGAUUUGAAAGGAGUCCAUUACAGUUUGGUUGAAUUGUAUGGUAGGGACUCCACUAAUAAAUAAGGGGUGUUCUUGGGACACCCAUAGAGGGUGAACUGGAAUGUGUGUGGGUGGGGGCUGGUUGGGAAAUGGGAAAAUCUGCCUAUAAAAUUAAUGUUUCAGUUUAUUUUUCAGAUUACAUGCCUUUCUUUAUAAGGGAUGCUGGCACAGACCCCUAAAAUAAGCUUUUGGUAGUACUAUACCUUUGAAGAGUGGUGAAGGAUGCUAAUGGAUAAUCUCCUGGAAGUUGUGGUUUUGAUUGCCUUACUGUGGGCUGUAGAAUUGCUAAACGUUGUUUAGCAAAUAAUAAUGCUUAGUUUCAACGAAGUUUUGACUUUCAUCACUGAAAUAGUAGGGUACCAAGGGUUGUAAGCUACUCAAAUAGACUUUCAAAAAGUCUUGCAAUGUAUAUGAUAGUUUUUAUUUAGUCUAAUGUGAAUUUAAUCAUCUUAAAAGGUAGUUUCCUAAGAGCUGAUAGGAAACUUGGGGUGGGAACGGGAAGGUAGUAUUUUCGAAGUAGUCUAGCCAUUUUUCUCAUUUAUAGAAACCACCUGUCCCCAUUUCCUCUUCUCCACUUUCUCUAGUAAUUUUAAGAGGAACAGUGAUUGAUUUAAACUUCUAGUCUUUAAAAACUGCAUUCUCUGAUACUGCAGUGUAAAUAGGUGUCUUAUAAGCUUACCCAUUGGCUCCCAUGUUAGUGUAACCAUAAUUAAUCUCUCUGCUUAGGACACUAAUUAAACUCCUAAGAUAUAAACCCCACCACUCUUUAUUAGAUGUAUUUUACCACUAAUACAAACAGAUAAUAAUUGGGGAAAUUGUAAUGUACGCCUGUGCAAUUUUUAUAAGUGGCAUAUUAUGGCAGAUAAAAAUUUAGAUACUUGGCUUUUCUCGGGCAAGCCACUAAGUUGUGGCGGAAUGUUCUCUGGUGUUCUUGGACUGCAAUUAUGCACUAUUAAAGUAGUGGCCUGCUACAUAACUGCAUUUAGCCAGCAUUUCUGCAGUGCGUAACUGUGAGGAACGUAGUACCGCAAAUGGCAAUGGACAUUAGGACCCGGAUGUAGUAUUCCUGCUUGCUCCAAGAUUCUCAUUGCCGACUGCAUACAGGUAAGAAUAAUUGAUGUUGGCUGAUACUGGAGUGCUCAUUCACUUCAGGUGAAUAAGAUGCUUGUUCUCAGUACAUCACACAGGAUGAGCCAACCAAGAAGGAGAGCUGCAGCUGUUAGACUGGGGAAGUGUCUAGGAUCAGGCAAACUUCAGAAAACCAGUAAGGAAGAGGACAAAGAGGAAUGAACAACCUAAAUGUCAUUAAUAAAGACAUUUUUAAAUGAGA